GAUGCUACAUGGUACCAGAAGCAAGUAGAAAAUCGCCCUCGGAACAGAACCAAUAAUAUGUGGUUCGAUUAUGUCCAUUUCUGUCGUUUGUGUCCAGAGCGAGGAAUCUUUCUAUGCUUCUCGCGCAAAUUCUUGCUGAACUGCAAGUAUUCUGGGAUCACCAAGCUUGCAGAUGCUUAUCGCGGUGGUGCGGGAAGUUAGAUGGGACUAAACUAGCUGCAGAAGGCGACACGUGGAGUCUAAUUCGACAGGAGGCAAUGAUUUUUCGAGGCCGAAUCCGAGAAGCGGAUGUUCUUGAGCAGUUCGGAAACUCUAAUGUGCACAUGGGGAUCACGAAGAGGCGAAUCCUCCACUCCAGAGGAUGCACCAGUAACCAUACAUCGAAGCCGAAGUUAGGAUUUGCAUGCACGGGAUUUCGUAAACUUCGAUUCUCUUCAGCUUCCGGAUCUGUAUGAUCGAUAGCAAUCGACGACCAUAUUUGGCUGUCCGUCCGUGGACCCUGGUUGACUUUCUUAUUUGACAGUAAAUGGUCUAAAAAUACGUAGUUCUAGAUACACCACAAUCAAAUCAGUGCUAAAAAUGUUCCUUUUCGUCUUGAAAAAGCAAUCUUGGCCUUAGCAAACACGAGAUAUGGGCUAUGUGCAGAUUAUUUCUGGGGCAACGGGAUUCUCUGCAUUCGCCAUCCUGUGCAGAGCACAGAGCAGUGCGUGAGUCUCAUCGUCCUCUUUCUUCAACCUGAACCCCCUUUCGACCCUCUGCGCAUGGUCAUCGAGUUGAAGUCGUAGUAGAGCUAAAAGUCAAUCUUUACUGGACCUCGUUGUGUGCAUGCUACGUGCGUCAAACGUAGCAACUGCAAUCGUCAUCUAACCUUCGCUAGAAACGUGGUGAGUAUUUUCAGCUCCAAUCAAGAGUCCUUGCAACUUACGGAUGCAGAUUUAUAUUCGAUUCGAACACAUAUGACAUCGUGCAUUGCAGCCGUUGGCAUCAGCUAGAACGAUGAUGGGAGCUUCAUCGCACGUCUUACUGGUCAAGGUACAAGUUCAAGCAACAUCUCACACGUAUAGAGUGCGUUGUGCCACUCCUAAGAAUCAAAGGCGAACUUUCCAUGUGCGUAGGAGCAUCAUCUGGAGAUUUGAAGUCAGACGCUGGGCGCUUAGAUUUGACUGGCCUGAUUUUAGGUUGAACACUGCGAAGAGCUCCUCAGUAUGUAUUACGUGGACGCUCAAGAAGUAUGUUCAAGAGUUGUUGUUCGAAGGUUGUGAACCUUUGUUUCGAUGGACUGGUCCCGCUGCAGUUGCGACGUUAGUAUCAUCUUGGUCAGAGGGUUUUCAGGCACGGUUGUGCCAAGAACACAAUUCAGCAUACAUCGAUAAACCCCACACUGAAAGUGUAGACCUUAUGCUUUAUAGAAUUGGAGGCAACAAACAAGCUGCAGGAGAAUUUCCGUGCUCAAAUUCUGGCUACAUUUUCUCAGCACAUGAGACAGAAUAUUUCUGGGGAUGAGCUCUUUCCUGAUAGAUGUUCAGGUUCGUAAACGAGAAGGCUAUUUUUCCUAAAAAUUAAGUUCCUAUUGCCUGCUGCACUGAGUGUGAGCUGCACUGAGUGUGAGCCUGAUGGACGCAUUCGUUACUGUGCUGUGCGGACGUAAAAUUUCGCGAAGUCUCAGAAAGGUAGCGGCGGCAAGGAAGCAGCAAAUUCUAUCAUGACUCGUCCUCCAGACCACGGCAGAAUAAUCUCAUUUGCGACGACUUCGUACAAUGGGCGCUCUGGGAUAACGCGCGGGGGUCGCAGUGGAGCGUUAUCAGGGCGGUGGUUUACUUCCUGUGCGGGAGGGUCAAUCGCUCCCGGGGCGCCGUUGUUUGAAUGAACCAAACGUUCUCCGUGUGGCAUUUCCUGCUCCCUGAAAUCAACUCGGCCGUUUGGCAGGUGGUUAUUCAAGUGAUCCAGCUCAGGGGAUGGAGGCUGUCGGUGCUGGCGUUGACGUUGGCUUUGGCGCUCCAGCUCGUGUUCAUCGCCGAUCUCCUCUCCAACGACUCUUCCUCCCAGCUCCUCGAUCGGGGCCCCAAACGCCGCCAUCUUGUGAGAGAGUUGUGAUCGACGCUCCCGCCACAAACGCUAAUGUGAGAUGGGAUUCCUGCAAGUGCUUCUGCAAUUGAGACGAACUACCAUGGAACUCACCCUAACCCCUGAUUAGUGAGGAACUACACUCGGCUGUGCACCAAUAUCUUGCUGGUUAGUCGGCAAAGAAAAAUUCAAUACUAACACGAUAGCCGUCUUCCACCUCUGUACAACACACUUACAAUCGGCCCGUCAUGCUAUCGUCAGGGAACCUCCAUUGAAUGUUCCCUAGCAAAAACACAGCAUAGUCACCUUCACGACGAGGUACCUAUUUUGGGUCGGCCCUACCCCCAGCCAUACACCCCCCCCCCCUUCCGCAUUCAGGGUUUCCUUGCUGUCGUAAUGUUUUUAGUUUUUUAGAUUGUAUACUUGUAUUUUAAAACUACUCCUACUCCAGAAGUGAAAAUUUUCAUUGUUGUUUCUGAGAAUAAUAAUUUAAAAGCUAUAAUAGUACCGCCAGGAAAAGAGAGAACCAGUAACGAAAGAUAAGUGUUCUGCUGCAGAAUUUCAGAAUGGAAAUCGCAUUUUAGAAGAAGAUGGUAGUGGUUGCAGGGUUGAAUGUUUCCUAGCCAUUCUGAUUACCGGCAGCUCUAAGGAGGACAUACACUUGACGAGUGGCAUCAUCGAUUUUCAUUAAUUAAUUAUAGUUAAUAUUAUUUUUUGUUCCUGUUUCCGGAGACAGAACCUCUAGAAUAGGCCACAAAAGGUUGCAGUCAACUGAUAAGAGACUGAAUGACAUCAGUCACGGCGGGGGAGGGAUCUGCACGACAUUCAAGACAACCCCAUCUUCAGAGUCAUAACGGAAUAAGAGGCCUCACCGACGGGGCGUUGCAAGCACAAGAACUAACCGAUAAAGGAGGGAAAGUCGCGGUCAGAUAAUUCGUGCUUCGUCAGCCAGGCAUGCACCCACCCUGAGGCUACGUCGCAAUUCGAGUUUUUUGCAUCUGCAAGUUGAUAACCCAGCAGGGAGAGUAGCGGCACAUCGUGGCGCUGGAGCAUUCAACGCAGCAGACAAGACCGAGACCUACAUCGUUGCGAUUGUAUCACGCACCGCGACUUCGUCUCUUCCGCGGCGCUUCUUCGGUCGACCCGAUCCAUCUCCGACGAGCUCGGACUAAACAUCUAGACUCCUGAUCGCACUUUGCACGCACAUCUAGAGCAAUCAGUGCAUCACCUCGCCGCACGAUCUAGCGCGGUUGCGACUGCAAGUGCGAUAAAGGAAUCUUUUUUGCGAUAGAUCUCAGUGUGGUGGGAUCUAGAGUGCCAUGCAAAGUCUGCACGUCUGGAAUUCUUUAUCUGGGCGCAGAUAGAUGAGUAACACGAUCCUGUAAUCACGAUGUGGAGCCAGUGGGGCCAUGAACCGAUCAACGCACGCCGAAUGCAUCGAUCUGAUAUCCGACCUCCGCAACGAGUGCUCCCGGUCUUCAUUGGCUUACUAUCCUUCAUAUCAGUGCACAAUUGUGCAUUAUUUUCCUGCUCUUUGUCUUGAGGUUGUGUCAACACUGUGAUUUUGUCUGCCUUCUUAUGUAUGUAUUUAUUUAUUUAUAUUGUUGUGUUUC